UUAUUUCUACCGCUUGCCUCCUACUCUCUCUCUCCUCUUUCCCUUCCUUUCAAAUGGCCGGAAGAAGGCCAUUUACCGGCAAUUCCCAUCAAAUUUCCGGCAAAUAGCUCUCAGGUUUAAUGCAAUGCAGCUCGGAGAAGAGAGAAGUGGAAGCAGUAGCAACGAUGAUUCUGGAGAGAGGUUUCCAGCAUAUUCCAGAAAGAGGUCAGUGGAUUCCUGCGACCGGAAUUCGGAAAGCUGGGUCGAAGAGAGAACAUGAAACCCGCAACGACUGGAGCGCUGAGGCAAUACGUGAGAUCGAAAAUGCCUUGGCUUCAAUGGACACCUGAUCUACAUCUUUGCUUUGUCCAAGCGGUAGAGAGACUUGGAGCCCAAGAUAGAGCAACGCCUAAGUUGGUUUUACAGCUGAUGAAUGUGAAACAUGUGCUGAUUUAUAGGAGCAAGAAGGUGGACGAUUCUGGGCAAGUCGCAUCGCAGCUGGACAGGCUGAUACCGGGGGAGGAUCACUACUACGCAAGAGGCAGCAGUCUGCAGAUGCAGCAGUAAUUCAGAAAGGACCAACUCUCUCAUGUUUUGCAUUAUUGUGGUUGCAGAACCUCUCUCUCUCUAGGCCCAAUCUCAUUUUUUCUCAUUUGGUCUUUAAAGGCAGCAUGAUUGGGUAUUCAAACCAUAUGGAUUCCAAGGUAUAUAGGUGAUAAUCAUGGGGCAUCGAUAUCAAGCUUUCAUGCCAUACAAAAUACAGUGUUCAGAGAGAAUGGCAAGAGGUCAAUGCAAGAGUGGCUUGCAAUAAGGGAGCAGCCACCUCUGGUGGGCCUUUUAGGUUAAACCACGGCAUAGAAGAGAGAAGAUACCCCAACAUUCAGAGAGAGACAGGAAUUGGGUAAGGAAUGAAGGAUAGAAGAGAGAAGAUACCCCAACAUUCAUAGGCAAAUUCCUCUGAAUUUUGAGUGGAAUUGGCCAAGCUCGAUCAAAUGUCGUGGGUUCUUGUCAAAGCUCCAUUGUUAUAUCCAUGGAUCAGUCAAUUUUUGGAAGGAGUAUUGCUCAUAGUACUAUGCUCACAAAUAGAUCGCAUGAGGCUUCAACUGCUUCUGAUAGGCAUGGAUCACAAUUUGAGCUCUCCUUGCAGCUUCCUGUAAAUAUUUUCCCCCUUCCUUUCUCUCUACCCCCUAAAAAUCACACAGACAUGCACUUGUUUCAACUGAUUUUAGUUAAGCAGCGGUUUCGAUGAAUCAUAAACUUAAAAAUAAAUUGAAAUUGUAAAUCUUGUUGAUCUCGCUUGCCAUAGAUAUCUGUAUUUGCUCUCACCGAUCGAUCUACAAAUUUACAGUUGCUGCAACAUGGAAAUAACAAUCUUGGUAUGAACCUGCUGGAUAAACUAAGCGAAGAUACGAUUCCAGAUGAGAAGAGAUUGCAUACUGUUGAGCUUGACUUGAAAUACACUCUAAACCCAAGUUUGCAGAAAGCUCACACUUAGGAUAUUAAAGAACCGGAGAGUAAUCUCUCACUAUCCU